AUGAGGGAAGACUUUAUGCCUAGGAGCUAUCAAAUGGAAUUGAUGAAGAUGGGGAUUGAAACAAAUACAAUAUUGUUUUUGCCGAAAGGUGCCGGAAAAACGUUCAUAGCUCUCUUAGUUCUUAAGCAAAUGAGUGGAGAUCUCAAAAGGUCUUACAGUGAAGGAGGAAAAAUCAGUAUAAUCAUUGUGACCACUUUAGCAUUAGUUAAUAAACAUGCCAAAUACAUUCUGGAUCACACCACCCUAAAAGUUAGUGGUUAUACUGAAGAAAUUGAUUCAAAUUGCUGGCCAAAAGAUAAAUGGAAAAGAGAAUUUGAUUUGUUUCAAGUUUUUGUUAUGACCAGCCAAGUUCUGCUUGAUUUGACUCAUCAGAAUAUCAUUGAUUUGAAGAAAGUAAACCUAAUAGUGUUUGACAAAUGCCACCAAAUUGUUAAUGAUCAGCAUAUGAAGGAACUGAUGAAAUAUUAUGGUGAUAUUGAUGGGGAAAAACCCAGAGUGUUGGGACUAACAGCUCCCUUACUGAAUGGUAAAGUGAAACCCCACAUGGUGAUGGAUAAUAUUUCAUUCUUAGAAACAACAUUCCAUAGCAAAGUGGCUACAGUGAAUGAUCUAGCAACAGUAGUUAGGUAUUCAACAAAUCCUAAAGAAGAAUUGAAAACCUGCAUGGAUUACCAUCUCAGUUAUACAGAAGUAAUUGUAAUAAAGCAACUGACAGAAGCCUUGACUUACAUUGAAUCAUUGAAAUUGAAUAGUACCACUAAUGUGUCAAAUUUGGAACAUGUUCAAAUGGUCAAGACAGAUGUUACCUUAAAGAAAUUGUCCAAUGCUAUCAUUGAUGUGAAUUCACACAUCAAAAGUAUGGGAACUUAUGGAGGGUUGAAGGCAAUACUAGCACACACAAUUCAAAUUGAAAGAUUGAAGCUCAGCUGUUCAGAUUCUAACAGCUUGGCUUUGAAUUACAUACAAUGCAUUCUCUCCUUUGUCAAAGAACUUUUAAUCAAUAGUAUGAAAUUGUACAAGGAACAAGUUCAGAUAUUCAGUUAUUCCUCUGACAAAGUACUUGUACUCUUGAGUACAUUAAAGGAGUAUGAAUCUAAGGAAGACAUUUGUUGUUUAAUAUUCACAAAGAGACAAUUCACAGCUAAGGUGGUAUUUUAUGUUCUGGAUGCUCUUAGUAAAUGUGAUCCUGAUUUUAGUCAUAUUAAAGCCAAUUUUAUGGUGGGCCAUGAUGGUGAUAAUUGUAAUGAUACCAGAGAAAAUCUUUUCAUCUCAAAAAAAAACAAAGAAAUUUUGGAUAGUUUUAUCAAUAAGGAAAUAAAUGUUCUUGUGGCAUCUAACAUUCUGGAAGAAGGAAUUGAUAUACCCAGAUGCACUUUAGUCAUUAAGUAUGAUAAACCAGAAGAUUACAGGGAAUAUAUACAGUCAAAGGGCAGAGCUAGACAUACUGAUAGUCUUUUCAAUGUUAUUGUUGAAAAAAAUGAAAUGGAGAAAUAUGAGGCAAUGUACAAAGAUUUUCAACUGGUGGAGAGAACCCUUAAUAACUACCUGACGGGCAAAAAUGACGAGGGGCGCUCGCAACUACCUCGGCACCUGUUGCUAGAAGAGGCCGCUGUUACCCCUUAUUAUACGGCCGGGCCCGGCUCGGCUCGAGUGGACCUCACCUCGGCCAUCCCUUUGCUGGGCCGAUACUGUCACAACCUGCCCUCGGAUCCGCAUACCGCCCACGAUGUGCGGUGGCACGUGAUGGAGAAACGGGGCGAUAUCUCGGAGUACAGGGCGGUCGUUGUGCUGCCCACCGCAUGUCCGCUCACAGAGGUCGUAGAGGGUCCCUUUAUGAAAACGGUAAAACAGGCCAAAAAGGCGGCUGCCUUGAAAGCGUGCGUGAAACUUCACGAAAUUGGAGAAUUAGACGAGCAGCUGUUGCCUAAGAAACAUGAAUUCAAAGUGGAAGAUGUCAGUUUCCUGUUUGAACACUAUCCUACCUCCGAAGAAAUAUCUGAUGACGACCUGAAAACCAAAAGGUUGCACCAAAAGCAGGUGGCGAGCUGUCUGCGCGGCCAAAUAGAACCGGAAUCCUCCCACUUCCUGCACGUGAUCGAGCUCUGUCCACAAUUCCUACGGCACGACGAGGACGUGAACAGCAGCACGAUGUAUGACGCGUACACUUCGCCCUUGUGUUUCGGCAUCGUGACUCGCUCAUCUUUGCCCGCCAUCUGCGAUUUUCCCGUUUACGUCACGAUGGGCGCCAUCGAUGUCAGGUGCAAGAUGAACCGGAAGAAAGUGACGUUCACGCCGGAUGAAAUAAGUCUGAUCAGGACUUUCCACUUUCGGGUGUUUGACGAGGUCCUGGCAGUACUUCAGCCUUUUUUGAUGAUUGACAAUGAGGAAGAUGCUGAAAUGCUUAUGCUCGUGCCCAUGGACAAGGCGACUUUGAAUAUCGAUUUCGAACUUAUCUCUGAAAAAAGUGAGGUCAAGAGGUGGACGGAACCAAGCAAGGAAGAGAAAAUGGCGUUAGAAGUGACGCAAGAGACAUAUCUGAGGAAGAUUGUCGUGCCUUGGUACCGCACCGACUCCCCCAUAUACGUGGUGACGGAGGUGUCUUUGAAUCGGAGCGCCCGUUCUCAGUUUCCCAACCACGACUACGGCGACUUCAAGUCGUAUUUCGAAGAAAAACAUUACAUCCGGAUCGUCAACCCCGAUUUGCCGCAAUUGCUCGUCAAAGCGUUGACGAGGCGAUUGAACUUCGUCAAGCCGAUCGACGCCACCUCCAAAAAGAGGCGCGACAAAAUGUACGAGGAGAGCAUCGAAUAUCUGCUGCCCGAAUUGGUGGUCAAACAGGAAUUUCCCGCCCCCUUGUGGAUACAAGCCAGCCUAUUGCCCACCAUCCUGACCAGGAUCACCAGCUUAUUGGUCAUCGAGGAUCUCAGGUGCAAAAUGGCAGAGGAGAUGCACAUCGGCGAAAAAUUCCCCUCUGCCCGUCAGCCCUUACGCUUGGACGAAACUCUCCUCAACUAUCAACCGUACGCGGAGGAGGAGCAUCAGUCAGAAGAUCCGCCCUCUGACUCCAACACCUCUCCGAGUGGUGGCUCGGAGGGCGGCAAUCUGCUCUCGGGGCGGCCUCUGCGCCCCAACAAGGACUUCGAUAAGAAGCUGCUGGAGGCACAGUACCCGUGGAGGGACGAGGACGAGCCCAAAGACAUCGAGAGAGAACUGACGGCUACCGUGAUGGACGUCGCCCAUUACGAGGCAUUCAUGACGCACCCUGUAUCCCGAAACCAACGUAACAGAAACGAAUUCCCAACUUACAAAUUCAGAAAACGCCUGGCGCUGACCUACCCGCGUCACUACUCACCGUGUCAGUUGCGACUGUUCGAAAAAAACGUCUCCAAUGGCGGGCCCGAAUUGUGCGACUUAUACAAGGCGUUGACGGCCGCCCAGGCAGAGGAAAUCGUCAGUCUGGAGCGGCUCCAAAUGCUCGGCAAUUCCUUCUUGAAAUACGUUGCCACCCUGUACAUUUUCCUGAGGUUCCCCGUCUACGAUGAGAGCCGAAUCAACUGUCUCAAGGAUCGGCUCGUCGGCAGCAGAAACCUAUACUAUUUGGCAGUGAAGAAAAAUCUUGAUGGCGUCCUCCAGUUCAAAGAUCUGUCUGCGAGAGACGAAUGGCUGCCGCCCGGUUUCGCCGUACCGUCAGCCAUGCGCACGCGCAUCGACAGCAAAGAGCUGUCCAUCAACGCCCUCUUUGGCCUCAGCAUCCCCCCCGAAGAGCAGAUCUCCGGCGAGCCCUCAGAAGACACGGACAGCUACAUGCGCAGCGACGAGUACGAUCCGGAGGAGAAGGAGGAGUGCUAUCACAGCAUGGGGGCGUUUUUGCGCAGCCAGUACGUCAGCGAUAAGCACGUGGCCGAUGUGGUGGAAUCGAUGAUGGGUGCUUUCGUAGAUAGUUGCGGAGUAGAAGGCGGCAUGAAAUUCAUCGAAUGGGUGGGUAUAAUACCACCUUCCGAGAAUCUAGAAAAAUUGCUGAAACAGACUCCGCCCGAUCCCGUCUUGAACAAGUCCGCCAGUCCGAGUGACAUUGAACGCUACAUACCCAACUGGCGAGAAUUGGAGGCAAUUUUAGGAUACGAAUUCAAGAAUCCCGCCUACCUGCUGCAGGCGCUCACUCACGCGUCCUUCGCCUCCAACCGAACAACCGCCUCCUACGACAAACUCGCGCCGGUCGGCAACGCCGUCUUGGAUCUGCUCCUGACCUGUCACGUGUUCGAGACCUGCGUCGGCCUGGAUCCCGGCCAAGUGGCCGAUCUGCGAUCCGCCCUCGUCAACAACAGCACUUUUGCCGGUCUGUUGGUGCGCAACGACGGCCACAAAUUCCUGUUGAUGGCCAACAGCCAUCUGCAAGGGCUCAUCGACAAAUUCGUGCGACUGAUGGAGCACAAGAAUUUCGAGGUCGACGACGAGGUGCUGAUUCUGCUGGAAGAGGACGACAACAAUUCGGCCGAGGCCGUUGAUGUACCAAAGAUUCUGGGUGAUGUUUUUGAAGCAAUUGCUGGAGCAGUUUAUUUUGACAGUAACAAUGAUAUGAAAACGAUUUGGGAUGUAUUCUAUAAGAUAAUGUGGAAGGAAAUAGAUCUCUUCAGUUACAAUGUACCAAAGAAUAUUGUAAGGAGACUUCUUGAGUGGCCUGGAGUGCAUCCUAAAUUCGGAUCUCUACAACCCAUCUCGACCAAAAAGUUCAUGAUACCGCUGUCUUUUUUGGUCAACGGUGCUCCGAAAGUAGUCCACGGAUUUGGUAAUAAUAAAAUACAAGCUAGGAAAGCUGCUGCGAAAUUGGCCUUACGUUAUUUAGAUUUGGAUAUGUCUAAACGUUGA